AUGGCGGCCACGGCCGCGGCGGCGACGCUGGCGGCGGCCACCUCCUCCCUCCUCCGGCGCACCCCCUUGCUGCGGCCGCACGGGCUCCGGGUCUCCCACGACUUCGCUCCCCAAAGAUUUGCGCGCCACAUUGCUUCAUCAACAAAUGAAGAGGUUGCUGCCAAAACAGCGGCAGCGACUGCUGAUACUGGAGGACCGACGAUUUUUGACAAGAUCAUUGCAAAGGAAAUCCCUUCAAGCAUUGUCUACGAGGAUGAAAAAGUGCUGGCGUUUAGAGAUAUUAACCCACAAGCUCCUGUCCAUGUUCUAGUCAUCCCAAAACUAAGAGAUGGGCUAACUGGACUUGACAAGGCUGAACCAAGGCAUGCUAAAAUUCUGGGGCAGCUGCUUUACGCUGCGAAGGUUGUGGCUGAGAAGGAAGGCGUAGCAGAUGGAUUCCGUGUCGUCAUAAACAACGGAGCAGAAGGAUGUCAGUCAGUCUAUCAUCUGCACGUGCAUGUACUUGGUGGAAGGCAGAUGAAAUGGCCUCCUGGUUAA